AACACUUCACACAGAUUCAUAAAGAGAGUCUCCAACAGCAGCUACAAUGGAUAUGGUGUAGGUCUGUCCAUUUGUAAGACCAGUGAGAGUGUAACUCAUAGUGUUUCCACCACUGACAGCCUCACUACCACUGCUGCCUCCUCCAGUGUAGGAGAUGGUGUAGCCAGUGAUACCAUCCAGAGGAUCAGGAGGAGUCCAGGUCACUGUGAUACUAGUGGGACCAUCCUGGACUGCUGUCACAUCAGUGGGAGACGGGGGACCUGAAAAUGAGCCGAUAUCAUUACUGAAUGACACAUUACAUUACAGUAAAUACCCUCCAAUGUGAAGCUAGCUGAUGAAGCAGUAGAUGGCUUGUUAUUAGCCACAGUACACGUGUACACUCCUGCAGUAGUCACAGUCAGAGUGUGGAUGUACUGUGCAGUCACUGGGUCAUUCAACACAGUCUGGGUUCCUUGGGUGACAGUGGUGGAGUCUCUGGUCCAAGUGACAGUGGUAGCAGGUCCACCAGUGGAGAUACAGGUGAGAGUGAACUGAGGACUGGCUCCAUUGAGGUCAGACUUCACUGUC